AUGCUAGGAGCUCACGGCGGCGACGGCGAUGGGAGGGAUCCGCACCGAUCGUGGUGGAAGAAAAUAUCAGGCUGCAAAAACAGCGGCUCGAAGAAAACACCACCACCACCAAGAGGGGCAGCCAAAAAUCUAAAACUUGAGGCUGCCUUGAAGAAAAAUGGAGGCCCGUUACCCAUGUACUUCGACUACAAAUCAAAGACCUUUCAGUCGAUCGGGGACUACGGGGCUAUGUACAAAUCUUUGUUAGGCUCGUUGAUCGGAGAUGUCCCCCAGUACUACGAGUCAUGGGACGAUGUGCCUGAGUCUAUGAGGGACCAUAUCUUGGAGGAAGUACAGCGCUAUUUUGCGAUGGACCAGUACUUAGAGCUUGAUGAGGACGACCCCACCCGGAAGGCAGCAAAACUGGCUUUCCGUGCUGAUGCAGCUAGCAUAUAUAGGCAGAGAAAGUCAAAAUUCAAAUCUCAGCAUUUUACAGCACGGGGGGGGUGUAGGCUCAGCAGAUACCCUGCAGACAGCACCGCCAGCUGGUAUGGACCCGGAAGAGUGGGGAAAACUAUUGAGUUUCUAUACGAGGGAUGA